CACGUCAUGUCCAGGACUCGCCACGCUAGGCGGUGACACCAGCCGAACACCACCCACAUGCGACCGUCAUAGUGAUGUAGUCCGGCCUCAUUCAAAACGAAUAGCUAAUCUACCCGGUUGUGUGGCACGCUACUUUGCCACUUCGAGGGAAUUCCGCUGGACUGACUCUUCCUGUGUGUUGCUUUCUCUGAGUAAGUGGAAUGCUGCUGGACGAGACUCCUCUGUUUGACCCCUCUCUGCUUCAGGAGCUGGACUGGAGUAGCAACACUGUGUCCUUCUCUCCCCCCAUCUCCCCUUCCUGUCCAGGAGAAGGCCUGGUGCUGAGGCCGCUCUGUAUGGCCGACUUCAAUAGAGGACUCUUCAUGGUUUUAUCUCAACUCACCCAGACUGGAGAUGUAACACCGGAGCAGUUCACGAAAAAGUUUGAUCACAUGAAGAAGACAGGAGAUUACUAUGUUGUUGUGGUGGAGGACACCAAUCUGGGGCAGAUUGUUGCCACGGCCACAUUGAUCACAGAACACAAAUUCAUCCACUCCUGUGCAAAGAGAGGCCGGGUGGAGGAGGUAGUAGUCAGUGAUGUCUGUCGAGGGAAGCAGCUGGGCAAACUGUUAGUUUCAACUCUUACUCUUCUUAGCAAAAAACUGAACUGUUAUAAAAUCACACUGGAAUGUUCUCUCAAAAAUGUGGCUUUCUAUGAAAAGUUUGGCUACAGCGCUUCAAGUGAGACCUACAUGCAGUGUCGAUUUUCCGAAUGAAGACGGCAGCGGAUUUAAACCUGGACUAUAUCUGUAUACACAACAGGUACUCGUAGUAGAUUUAUGACAUUCUUAUCCUUUUGGCUUUUCUGUUCAGGGGUCACCACAGCGGAUCAUCUGCCUCUAUCUUGUUUGAUUGGUUUUAAUCCGUUGGAUUCCAGUGGGAUUCUCGUGGGAGUGGGGUCUGCUUGCAGGGCUUCUUUUUGAGUGCAUUGUCUGUUCUAAUGGUGAAAUUGACCUUAGUGUGGAGCCUGUACUGGAAGCAACCACUCAGAGGAGCCCUGAAGGCAAACUCUCUUGUGUUGAGACCUUGUGUAAGAUCUGAGGAGGGGGGGGGCACAGAAUGAGCCCAGCAGCUGUAUAAAAUUUGAACAUUUAAUAGAUAAUGUGACCUAUCUUUUUUUAUAUGAAAGUCUAGGGCAAAGUCAUCAAGGGAAAAUGUGUCACUUUGGAAGUUGUGAUUUUUUUAUUUUUUAUUGUUGUUUACACUCGGACGUCAUAGGCUUUCUUUCUUAAGACAGUUCUUAAGAACUGGCAGAGGUGCAGGGUGACGAGUUCUUGACUGUGCUAUGUCGUUCCUCAACACUCUGUUUAUGUCAAAGACAUUCACCCCUUUGGUAACCAUGGCUACCUCACCAGGGUGGAGGGUGAAAUCUUUCCAAAUAUCUACACAGGCCUGAAUGUCAUUCAUUCCACUUGUAAUUCUUGUAGUUACACUGCUAAAAGUGAUUUAGCUGUGUAUCAACAGAAAACAUACACUAAUCUGUGACUGUAAAGGAACUAAGAGUUUAUACCUGGGGGAAAUAAUAUACCACAUGAACUAAACAAGUGUGUUUGAAGGAUAUGUACUUAGUCUGUUGCAAUCAUUACAAUGACUCCAUAAAGAACUGAAGGUUUUUCUUUUUUCCUAAUAAAGGAUAACAUCAUCUUCCUAGAAAUGCAAGUAGUUAAUUACUUGGGGUAAUGCAUUUAUUUGGAUUUUAUUCACCAGUCUGUUUGUACACUGCUCUUUCCAAAGACUUGAAGUAUCAGACCAUUGUUACUGAAUUAUUGUGGUUUCAAUGCAUAAAGUUUAACUUGAAAUUUCAAUUGAACAAAAGUUUGAGAUGGAAAUGAAUGGGUUUUAAAGUCUUACAUUUGGUUGAUAUUCGUAACCACAAUUAGCUGAGAGAAUCUUUCAAAAUGGGUAAUAAUGAUUUUAUAAGGAAACUUGUUUGUAAAAUUUUGUAAUUGUUUUAUAAUGAUACUGUGAUCCUGAAGAACUGGGGGAAAAUAUUUAAUCUAAUUUAUUUACAGGUUUGUAAGAGCCAAAAUAAAAUAUUCUAUGAUAUACA